UAUAAGAUUAUUGAGACACUCUGCUCUGCCAGCUCAAUCAGUCAAUCCCAUCUACAAAUCAAUCUCAGCUCACCACAACACAUGUAAAAGAGAAUGUUAGCAACAGGACACACCUCUCCAACAACAGCAACAGAUGUUUCUCUAUUGUUCAUGGAAGUAGAAUCAAUCCCUACAGCGAGUCUUAGGGAGAAGAAGAAGAACAACAAGAGAAGAUUCAGCCAUGAUCAAAUCAGGUUGCUCGAGUCCAUGUUCAAUUCAGAGUCAAGGCCUGAACAGUGGACAAAAAAGCAGUUGGCUAGCAUGAUAGGCCUUCAGCCUCGCCAGGUUGCUAUAUGGUUCCAAAAUAGAAGAGCUAGAUCAAAGUCAAAGCAGAUUGAGAGAGACUACAACAUAUUGAAAAUCAGUUACGAUACUCUGGCUUCCAAGUUCGACUCCUUGAAGAAAGAGAACCAAUCGUUACUCAAUCAGUUGGAGAAACUAACAAAUUUGAUGGGAAGGUCUCGAGAGAGUAGAGAUCAAGAAUAUGAGAGCCAGAACAAAGUGUUAGGAGCAAAAAAGAAGCCCAAUCCACCACUGGAAACUCAUGACAAAAUUGGAAUGCCCUCGUGCAAUGAGGUUGACACGCUUGUGGAGUACUUUGAGGAUGACAAUUGCAUUCUUAACAUGGCAGAUGUGGCAGAUGGUUUCCUAAACAUCAACUAA